AUGAGGCUCUUGGAAUUCUCCAUUGUUCUCUCCCUUGUUGAUCUCACAGUCGGAGAUGGUGCGGCACAGAGACCUCUAAGCGGAGGUGGUCAAUCGGCCAGUAAUGACCCCAGUGCCGUCUCACAAGAUUUAGAUGCCUACAUUGAGAGCUGGAUGGAUCAAUGGCACGCCCCAGGACUUGCUGUGGCAAUCGUUGAUGGCGACAAGACGUGGGCCAAGGGAUACGGUUAUGCCAUCCUCAAUUCGACUCCCGUCACACCCCACACCCUCUUUUAUACCGGCAGCACCACGAAAUCCUUCACAGCUGCCGGCCUGUCUCUUCUAGUCGAUAAUGCUACCGCCAGCCCCAAACUGACCUGGCAGACUCCCGUCUCAAGCAUACUUCGAGAUGACUUCGUCCUCAGUGACGAAUGGGCGACAGCACAUGUCACCAUCGAAGACGCACUUAGCCAUAGAACGGGUUACCCACGCCACGAUCUUGCUUCAGCUCGUACGGCGCGCGAGACAGUUCGCCUGCUCCGGCACCUUCCAAUGACAGCAGAGCCGCGUGCAAAACAUCAGUAUUCCAAUAAGAUGUACGCCGCCAUGGGCUAUCUGAUUGAGACGGUAACCGGAUCGUGGUUGGGCGAUUUCUUCCGUGAGCGGCUGUGGGAACCCAUGGGAAUGAACGAAACGUAUUUCUCCCUCAAAGAUGUCGAAAAGAGCAGUCUUUUGCUAGCGAAUGAGUACUUUUACGACUAUACCAGCAAAGGGUUUUAUCAAACACCACAUGAACCUAGCUCCGGUGAAGAAGGGGCUGGUUCGAUUAUAUCAAACGUGCUCGACUACGCCAAGUACCUCCGCGUAAUGAUGAACGAUGGGGCGCCACUUUCGAAAGAUGGGCACAGGGAAGUAAAAACUCCGCGAAGCUUCUCAUCCAUGUCGAAACCUCCGUUCACCGGGCCCGUGUCCUAUGCCUUUGGUUGGAAUCACGGGAUUUUUGAGGGAGAGCAAGCAUACUUUCACUCGGGACAGGUCACCAUGUUUGUGUCGAUCAUGAUCAUGAUUCCCUUAAAGCAGCUUGCUGUUACGGUCAUGUCGAACACAGAGUCAUAUGCGCCAGAGCUCAUUGCCUAUCACAUCUUGUAUGAGCACUUUGGCGUCCCCGUAGAGAAGCGUCAGGAUUUAAAUGCACACAGAUAUAAAAGAAAUCGAGAGGCCCAGCAGAAAUAUCUCGAGAGCUGUGGCGAGCAUAUUUAUCCUUCUGUGCCGGAGCCGCCUCUCCUUCCUACACUUCCCAUUUCGGAGCACAUCGGCAAGUACCACGAUCCAGGCUACGGCACCUUGGAGGUGGAAUUAUAUUGCCCAGACUCAAACGCUGAGUCCCGGGGUUCUCAGGGCAGAAGCAUUGAAAAGUGUCAACUUCGGGUUCAUGGCAUUGCGGGCGUGAGCUUCCAGUACCUCAAUCCAACAGUAUAUCUCGAACCAAAGUCGGGCAAUUACUGGGUUGCACGAGCCUAUUUUGAGGUUGUUGCAGCUAGAGAAAUUGAGACGCCUUUCUGGUGCCUGCGGGCGGCGUUCAAAGUCGGUGCCGACGCUCGAAUUACCGACUUUGGCCUGGACGUCAGGAUGGAAGGUAACGAUGGGCCACUCGUCUGGUUUGCACGCGUUGAUGACUGA